AUGGCUGCUCGCCCUAUCGCCGCCCUCCGACUCUCCUCCCCCUUCACCUCCCUCCGCAUUCCGUCCCCGACCCCCCUCAUUCGCCGCUCCACGUCUGCCUGCGCGCUUCCCCGUGCCGCACCGCGCUUCUAUCACUCACGCAACAUCCGCGGAUCCCCAUCGUGCGCGCAUCUUCCGGCGUCCGCCGCGUACCCGCUCCUCUCACCUCUUUCACACCCAAUUCCGCCAGUCCAGCGCGCCUCCCCCGCAGGGGAAGCCGCACCAGGCGGAUACCUGACACGUGCAGCGGUUGCUCACGGCUGCGCGGGCGAUCGCCGCUGCCGCAGCGGGGUGGCGCGCGCAGCAAGCGCAAUGGCGGAGGCGGGUGGGCUAAUGGCGGGAGGCAGCGGGGAGCAGAACAGCGGAGCGCGCAGCAGCGAGUGGGGCGGCAGCGCAAGCAGGGUGCGAGUGCGGCGGGUGGGCGAGAACCCCACGGAGAUCAUCGAUCUGCCCGCCGAGUCGCGCUUCCGCGCGUCGCCAGAAGCAAACGGCGCAGCGGCAGCAGCCGCGGAUGGCAUCGCCGGGGAUAUCCGCAAUCGCAUAGCGGAAGCUUCCUCCGCGGGGUUCCCCCCGCCCGCGGUGCUAGUAGUGCCGGGGAAUCCAGGCGUGUGCGCGUAUUACACGGACUUUGCGCUCGCGCUGCACUCCGCGCUUGGCGGGGCUGCGCGCGUGGUGGUGGUGGGACACGUGGCGCACACGGAGCGCGAGAUGGAGGGCGGGCGUCUGUACUCGUUACAGCACCAGAUCCAGCACAAGAUAAGGUUCAUCCAGGAAGAAGCGGGUACCGCUGCUGCAGGAAACGAAGGGGACGAAGCCGCGUACCAACAACAACAGCAACAACCGCCACAGCCACCACAGCAGCAGCAGCAGCAGCAGCAGCAGCAGCAGCAGCAGCAGCGGUGGGUAGUGGUGGGGCAUUCCAUCGGCGCGCAUAUAGCAGUGGAGAUGCGCAGGCACCUACCCUCCCACGUGGCCCACGUGGUGGGGCUCUUCCCCUUCCUCGCGUUCAACCACCAAUCAGACGAGCAGCGGCGCCUGAAGCUGAUCGCGUCGCUCACGCCGCUGCUGGCGGUGGUGGCGGCGCUGCUGCAGGUGGUGCGGGUGCUGCCGGCGCGGGUGGUGCAGUGGGUGGUGCGGCGCGGCGUGGGGAAGGCGUGGAGCCAUGGUGCCGUGCAUGUCACCGCCACUGCCAUGCUGCGGUACAACAUGCUUCGCAACUAUGCCUACAUGGGCCACACCGAGUUCAUCUAUUUCUCGCAGCGGGAGUUUGACUGGGCGUUUCUGAGCAGCAAUGCGCCGCACUUCACCUUCAUCUUUGGCCGCGACGACCACUGGGGCCCGCUGCACCUGCACCAGCAGCCAUACCAUGCCGGAUGUCAUCUGCAUCGCACAUCCACGCUCUAUCUUCUCACUCCAACCCAUCGCUCUCUCGCCCUUGUCCCUCCAUCUAUCCAUCCAUCCCUCUCGCUGCUGCAGAUGAAGGAGCGAGUGCCAGAGGUGGCAGCAUACGUGGAUGAGGAAGGGCAUGAGCACACCUUCUGCUGCACUGACAAGGGUGCCAGCAGCAUUGCAACGCAUGUCGCCAAGCUGCUGCGCUCGCAAGGCGCUCUCCCUGCUACAUAG